CUCUAUGGUGGCUCAUUUCAGCUUGUUCUCGAGCAUGUUCUAUAUGGAUAUCGCUUUACCCGUACUUAUUCUGUGUUGCAGGAGAAUCACAUAGGAACAACUUGACUUAUUUUGUGUUGGCCCCAUGGUUCAUCCUAGUCCUGGUUGUUUCUUCAACCUAUACGGCAAGCUUUACUUCCAUGAUAACAAGCUCAGAGACCGAGUCGUCGUCUCUCUUAGAUGUAGAGAAUCUUAAGAAAACAAAUGCUAUUGUGGGUUGUGAUAUGGAAGAUUCGAUUAUGGCCGAGUAUUUAGUGGAGUUCGUUGGGUUCCAAAGAAAGAAUAUGAAGCACAUUGCUCCAUCAUCGAUUGAUGAUUAUGCAAAGGCUCUAUCAAGUGGAAAUAUAAAGGUUGCAUUCUUUUGGGCACCUUAUUGGGAUGUUUUCGGAGCAAAAUACUGCAAAGGUUUCAGAGCUUGGGGUCCAAAAUGUGAUCUACGCGGUUCUUCAAUUAUUUUUCCACGAGGUUGUCCGUUUGUUCCAGAUAUGGCAGAGGCCAUGCUGCGGUUACGAGUGAGUGGAAAAUUGGAUCAAAUGAAGGAAGAGAUGUUAUCUUCUUCGGAUUGUUCGAGUUCAACAAUUGGUGGCACCAUAAAACGAGGAAUAGGACCCGGACCAUUUUCAGGUUUGUUCAUUUUGUCAGGCUCGACGUCUGUAAUUGCAAUGGCAAUCACAGUUAUUGGACGGAUGAGGCGGCGCUGGGAGAGUUUCAUACAAGGAAUGCUGAUGGGUAGAGGGCUUUGGGUGUGGAUGACUACUCUGUUUUCUCAAAACCAGAGGGGAAAUCAGCUUCAGCUUCAACUGGCGAGGACUAGUUCAUCUUCCCCGACACAGCUUUCCGGCUCAUAGCAUCAUCAGUUUAAAUGACCAUCACAUGAAUAUGUCACGUUAUGCUGUUACUGCUACAAUAAGUUAAUUACAUGAUUUGCCACUAGCACCUUAUGUUUGUACUAGAGGUGCUGAGCUGAAUCCCUGAAUUACCAGAUAGGUCAAUUGUUUGUCUUACUUAAACUUGUAGUUUAACUGUUAUUUAAGGCAGUAACUAUACGAACAAAGUGAUUAAAGUGAUUAUUGUUAUUUUUA